UUUUGUGAAAAUGGCGACAGCGCUUGUUAGUUCGUCUCGUCAGGUGGGGAGGUUAACAAAUGCUGCUAGAAGGCUCUAUUCUGAUGUAUAUCCUAAAAUAACAACCCAUUAUACUAUUCAUCCCCGUGACAAGGAUCCAAGAUGGAAAGAUGUGAGCAUGGAGCGUGUUGCGGAGGAGACAGAUAUCCUCAUCAUAGGAGGGGGCCCAGCAGGUAUGGCUGCUGCCAUCAGAGCACGACAGAUUGCGGAGGAAAAGGGAGCUGAACUACGAGUAACUCUAUUAGAAAAAGCGGCGGAAGCUGGGGGGCACAUUCUCUCUGGUGCCUGUGUUGAUCCAAUAGCUUUGAACGAGCUAAUACCAGACUGGAAGGAGAAAGGUGCUCCUUUAAACACGGAGGUGACGUCUGACAAGUUUGGACUAUUGACUAAAAGUGGGAGGAUACCCAUACCUGUAUUUGCUGGUUUGCCAAAUUACAAUCACGGUAACUACGUAGUGCGAUUGGGUCACUUAGUGAGAUGGAUGUCGGAACAAGCUGAGGCUGUCGGUGCAGAGGUAUGGCCGGGAUGCGCGGGCGCAGAGCUUUUGUUCCGGGACGACGGUUCUCUGAAAGGAGUGGCCACUGGUGACGUCGGCAUUUCUAAGGAUGGCAGCCCCAAGGAUAUGUUCGAACGGGGCAUGGAGUUCCAUUCCAAAAUCACCAUAUUCGCUGAAGGAUGCCAUGGACAUUUAACAAAGAUGGUGUCCAACAAGUUUAAUCUUAGAGAGAAAAGCGAACCACAAUCUUAUGGGAUAGGCUUGAAAGAACUAUGGGAGGUCAAGCCAGAGAACCACAAACCAGGUUUAGUUGAACACACGAUAGGCUGGCCCCUAGACAAGAACACGUAUGGCGGUUCCUUUAUAUACCAUCUGAAAGUUGAGGAGGGCGAAGCUCCCUUGGUCGCGGUCGGCUUUGUGGUCGGGUUGGACUAUGCCAACCCCUACAUCAGCCCCUUCAGAGAGUUCCAGAAGUUUAAAACUCACCCAUACGUCAAGCCUAUGUUUGAAGGUGGAACUCGUAUUGCCUACGGAGCCAGGGCGCUAGUAGAGGGUGGUUGGCAAUGCCUACCUGUGCCAGUCUUCCCCGGGGGAUGUCUAGCAGGCGAUACGGCCGGCUUCCUGAAUGUGCCGAGGAUUAAGGGCACUCACAAUGCCAUGAAAAGCGGUAUGCUAGCAGCGGAGACCGCUGUAGAUAUGGUGCUCUCAGGCGUGGCGACGCACGAAACCGGCGCCACGCCCACCGCCUACGAGGAUAAACUUAAGGAAUCCUACGUUUAUAAAGAACUGAAGCAAGUCCGGAAUUGCCGCCCGUCUUUCCACACGUCGCUUGGCUUGUACGGAGGAGUAGCAUAUUCUGCAUUUUCAACGCUCGUGCGCGGCAAAGAACCUUGGACCUUGAGCCAUGGGGGGGCGGAUCACGCUCGAUUGAAACCAUCGAAGGCUUGUCAACCCAUCGAAUACCCUAAGCCUGAUGGAGUUUUGACCUUCGAUUUGCUUUCGUCCGUGGCGUUAACUGGUACUAAUCACGAAGCGGAUCAACCAGCUCAUUUGACGCUGAAAGAUGACUCGGUGCCUGUCAAGAGAAACCUGGCUGAGUUUGAUGGACCCGAAGCAAGGUUUUGCCCGGCAGGUGUGUACGAAUUCGUCCCCAUGGAGACUGGAGACGGACAGCGAUUACAAAUCAACGCACAAAAUUGUAUUCACUGUAAAACAUGUGACAUUAAAGAUCCUUCUCAAAACAUCAACUGGGUAGUGCCCGAAGGGGGUGGCGGCCCCGCCUACAAUGGGAUGUAAACAAAAAACUCCAAACAGGGUACUUUAAACUAAUUUAGACAAAGCCAGAGAUUACUCCUAAAAAUAGCGUAUAUUAUCUUCAAAACUUCUUUUUUUAAGUGGGGAAUCUCUGUUAAAUUGCCAACCAAAAAACGUUCUAUAAAAUCGGCGAAAUCGAUAAGUCAAUUCUUAAAUAAUUAUACGAUUUUUACUAUAUUUUUAAGAGAUGUUAUAAACAUUUUGCAUUUCGAUUCUUAAUAAAUAUGAUUAACCAAAAGAAAAUAAUGAAAUAACGCCCUUCUAUGCAAUCAUUUUUAUCUAUGGCAACAAUACCAUGAAAGAGUACAAAAUCCGUUUUCUCCCCCAACAAAAUGUGCAAGACUGCCAUUCAAAUAGCCAGUAAUUAAAAAAGUUGUUUUCCUUAUUGGUCUAUAAAAUACUUACAUUUAAACGCACUAAAGUUGUUCAGCGCUGACUAAAAACAAACACUCGGUGAUUUGAGUGGCGCCGUCUAUUUAGCAUAAAAGUGGUAGCCCCCAUUUCAAAUUGGCAACUGAUUUAUCAUAGGUAAUUGUUUUUUAUUAUUAAAUUAGAUUUGUGUUUGAAAGCGAUGGUUGUACUGUGUAUAUGGCGUAAUGAGCCGAGUCUUGGUAUACUCAUUGGAAGUACCAACGCGCAAGCAUCUAUAUUGCCCACACCACACCCAUUCGUUGCUCUAUCCGACGGCCGAGUGUACACAAUACACAUGAUUGUACUUUA